AUGGCCGCAUUCGGCGCUGGGCCCGUGGAGUCGCAGCGCUGCCCGCUGUGCCCGGAGGGCCCCGGGGGGGCCCGGCGGGGUCCGCCCGGGGGGGCCGGCGGCCAGGCCCCGGCGGAGGAGGCGGCGGCGGCCCCGCUGCGGGUGCUGCCGUGCCUGCACGCCUUCUGCGGGCCCUGCCUGGAGGCGCGGCGGCGGCGCGACGGGCGCCUCGCGUGCCCCACGUGCCGGCGGGACGCGGCCCUGGGCGACGCGGGGGUGCGGGGGCUGCCCUCGGCACACCUGCUGCUCACCUGCCUGCUCGGCGGGGUGGCUGACGGCGGCGGGAGAGGUUCUGGAGCGGGAGCAGGAGGCGGCGGCGUGGAGCUCAAGGGGCUCUUGCUGGACGUGUCCCACGCCGAGAUGGGGGGGGGCGCCGCAGCGGCGGCCGCGGGCGGCGAGGCCGGGGGGCCCCACCACGAGAGGGACGCGGGCCCCCCCCCCGCCCUGUGCGGGGUGUGCGGCCACGGCGUGAAGGGCCCCGCGGGGGCGAGAUGCCUCGUCGAGAGGUUUCAGAGUGGCCUGAGGCUCGGCCCCGCGGGGCCCCCACACGCCCCGGGGUCCCCGCAGGGCCCGCGGGGCUCCCCGCUGGGGCUGCCCUCCUUCCCGUCGCCUCCGCUCGCCGCCUUCCCCGGACUCGGCCCCGGGGCGCAGUGGCCCGGGUACUGCCAGCACCCCGAAGACGAGGCCGGACGCUUGUUCUGCGAGACGUGCGCGCUGUCGCUGUGUCGCGAGUGCGCGCGGGACGGCCACUCGAGUCACGAGGUGAUCUACCUCUCGGUACCUUCACACGACUCGCGAUCGCUCGCACUGCAGCUGCUCACGGACGCGCAGCAGGGCCGGCAAGCGAUACAGCUGGGCCUGGAACGUGCGCAGGCGAUGGUGGAGCAGGUGGAGAUGCGGGCGCAGCAGGUGCGCGCCGAGGUGAAGGCGGUGGUGUCCGUGCACCGCAAGGCCCUUGACGAGCGCGAGUGCGAGCUUCUGCGGAAGGUCGAAAAGAUCCGCCAGGUGAAGACGCAGACGUUGCAGAGGCAACUGGAGGAGCUGCGGCAGAGCCUGGCGCGACUCGACUCCGCCGUGGAGAGCGUACGCGCCGCCCUGGAGGCCGGGGCGGAUGCCGAGGCCCUCGGGGCCGUGCGGGCCCGCGUGGCCGCCCAGCUUCGGGACAUCGUGGGGCUGGGCGCCGCCGGAGCCCCUUCGCCCCCACAGCAGCCGCAAGAGGACGACCGUGUGGUGUUCGUGCCGCCCGACGCGGCGCUCUACGCCGCUAUCCGCACGCUGGGUGCCGUGCAGAGCGGGGCCUGCCCCGAGCUUUCCACCGUGGCUGGGGAGGGCCUCACCAAAGUGGUCAAAGGGCGCCUGGCGUCGUUCACGGUGGUGACGCGUGACCACGGCGGGGAGUUCCGGCGCACGGGCGGGGACCCCGUGUGCGCCGCGGCACUGGGCCCGGACGGGCGCGCGGCGUGGGCCGAGGUACGGGACAAGCAGGAUGGCACCUACGGCGUGAGCUACCGGCCCGCUGCCGACGGCGAGCACACCGUGUCGGUCACCGUGCUGGGCCGGCACGUCGAAGGCAGCCCCUUCCGCGUGCUCGUGCGGCCCGGACGCAGCUACGCCGGCAUCGGCAAACCGGCCAUCGCGUUCGGAGGUGGCGGCACGGGGGACGGUCAGCUGUGCCGUCCGUGGGGGGUGUGCGUGGACAGCGAGGGUCGUGUGAUUGUCGCCGACAGGAGCAAUGACCGCAUCCAGGUGUUCGGUCCCAGCGGAGGUUUCCUCUUCAAGUUCGGCGUCCACGGUUCCCACCCCGGCCAGUUCGACCGCCCGGCGGGCGUGGCCUGGGACCCAGGCCGGGGCGGCCGCAUCGUGGUGUCGGACAAGGACAACCACCGCGUGCAGAUCUUCUCCGGCGAAGGUCGCGUGCUCUCCACGUUCGGCGAGCGCGGCAGCGAGAGCGGUCAGUUCUGCUACCCGUGGGACGUGGCGGUGAGCCCCGGCGACGGCCUCGUCCUCGUGUCCGACACGCGCAACCACCGCGUUCAGCUAUUCUCGCCCGACGGCGCCUUUGUCAACAAGUACGGUUUCGAAGGUGCGCUUUGGAAGCACUUUGACUCGCCGCGCGGCGUCGCCUUCGACGCCGAGGGCCGCCUCCUCGUCACCGACUUCAACAACCACCGGCUGCUGGUGGUGCGGCCCGACUGCCGCUCGGCGCGCUUCCUGGGCGGCUCCGGCUCGGGGCCCGGCCAGUUCCUGCGGCCGCAGGGCGUGGCCGUGGACCCCGAAGGCCGCAUCGCCGUGGCCGACUCGAGAAACCACCGCGUGCAGGUGUUCGAGCCGGACGGCGCCUUCCUGUGCCAGUUCGGAGCGCCGGGCGGCGGGCCCGGUCAGAUGGACCGGCCGUCGGGCGUGGCCGUCACUCCCGAGGGCCUCAUAGUGGUUGUCGACUUCGGGAACAAUCGCGUGGUGGUGUACUAGGCCGGCGGGGUGCCUCGCUCGCAAAGCAAACCCGCAUGGUGGCCGGUGUCUGCCGUGACCGCCUUCACGACACGGUCGGCCUGUCAAUCAAAUUGCACGCGGUACACGGGCGUACGUGGAGCAUGCACGGCAUAGACAUAGGGGGAUUCAUUAGAGACGCAGUUUUACUCUCUCUGCGAAUUCAAGUAAAUUAUGAAUAUUGUGAACAAACGGGGCAGUAAUACUGUUCGCGUUUCCGAAUUCUCUUCACGGACACGGAAUUUUCUCAGAAAACUACGCUUUAUACAUCCUUGAAUUGAAUCCGAUUGACCGUGUUUACGUUUAGCGAAGGGUCACUGAAGUGCCUGCUUGUGUGAGGCUCGGUGGCCUGGUAUCGUAAAAGCACAAGCGGCCGUGCAGUGCCGCCCCAUGGGUUUUGCUUUGCAGCCACAGGCGUCGGCGUCGGGGGUCUAUGCGCGGGGUACACGGUCCGCGCGGCGCGCUCUCUCUCCCUCCUCGCUCGAGGUUUUCGUGUCCCGUCCGUGCGGCAGUCUGAGAAGACGAACUUGGCCCCCGUUACACGCGGGCGUUUAAAGUCGCUUGUGUUAGAAAGCCCAGAGCUGUCCAUUUAUCACUCUCCGUGUUGGCGACACAAAGGCUGCCGUGUUUCAAAUCAGCACUUUGAGGCCACCAAGCGGUGGCGAGCGGACUCGCGGGGAAUGCCGCACCGGGGCGGCCGACCGUUCCGCCCGGACGCCCACGACGUGGUGUCUCGUGGCUAUCGUCGGCGCCCUCGUGACGGCAGCGGCGACGCUACACGACAAACGAGACGCGAGUAGGAUAAACGAGCGAUAGGAGCUCGCUUGCUCGCUCGCUCGGUAAACUGCGACCCCUCCGGGUGGCCACAACACGACUGGCACCACGCCGUUCGUGCAUCCCUGGUGCCCUGUGAUUCCAGGCGAACCUUGGCGAUCGUGUGCACCAGGUGCCAGGGCUGGAUUUCAGCGAUCCGGCGUGUCCGUGUCUGCGAACCGGACAGUAUUCAUUGAGAAAUCAAGCCCUGUCCUGUGUUCACGUGUCCCUGGUGUUCCUUGUGCCCGCGUUUACCCGGCGUCCACGCGAGCCCCGCGCCCACGAGCACCCAGGGUGGUUCUCCGGUGUCCGUGUGUUCAGGCCAACGCCAUUUGCACAGAAAUUUAAUUUUAAAAAAAACCUCUAAAUGUUCACUGAAUGUAUGAUGAAAACCACACACAAGGUCCCUCAGGGAAAGCGUUCUGUCCGAGACAGUAGGAAGGAAUCGUUGGCAUCACAUGCAAGCUACCUCAGCUGACCAAAGAGAGCGUGCGGCGCGCACGCGUGGCAGAGCGACGCACGCACGCCCCCCCCCCCCCCCCGCAUGCACGCGCUGCCAUCGCGGCACACGGCGACACGUCGUUGGCGCCCGGCGCCAGCAGGCCGCUCGUGUCCCCGUGAGCCAUCCGCUAGAGAUCUAUCUACCUCACUUUUCUGUUGCCUCAUCAGCCUGUCAGUGCUUUACGAGCGCUUCACGGUUUACUUUGUCUCAGUGUCUCUGCGUACGGUCACGUACUCGGCUUUUGCGUUUAUCUCAGUCAAGGCUAGCGGGAUCGUGACAGUUACACGACAAGACCGGGCACGACUUGUCUUUUCGUUGUUUUCAAAGUGGGAUUGCUGCGUGUAAAGACACAGAAAGCUCCCUCUUGUAAAACCGAUCUCCUUUUGCAAUAAUAUUUCGCUGUUUACUCUCAAUAAUGAUGCAGCCCAGCUCAGUUAGUCUUUAUGAAACUUGAAUUUCCAUUCCUAGAGCCUUGACGUGUGCACUGGAGCUGCCCGGGGCCACCGCGGCUCCAGGGGCAGGGUGGAGCCAGGGUGGAACCAGGGUGGAGCCAGGGUGGAGCCAGGGUGGAGCCAGGGUGGAGCCAGGGUGAGCCCCGCUCUGAACCCGUCCACUCUGCUCUCACCUCUGCCGGCCGUUUGUCUAUGACGGAUAGCUUUAAUAUGCUCACCCCUAACCUUCCCGCUAGCUUUAGUCUGAAAUAUAUAUUUUUUAUUUCCCAAGGCUGCAUUAUCUUCCAUUUUCUGCCUUGCUGAUUGUGUUCUUUAGUUGCCAAGGGAUGAGACGAGGCUGGGCAGCCCCCGCGGUGGCGAGGGUUGGGUGAGAAUGUACGCGGCGGCGCUGCGCUCGCGUUGGGACCGUUUGAGCUACCUCGCCGCGAGCAGCAGCAACAGCAUGGACAUUGGAGACGACAGUGUCGCUGUAUUUAUCUCUUAUUUAUCUCGCUGUACCUCAAACACUGUCGAUCGCUCGCAGACUACUGACCUUAUUUAUACCCUACACGGACGCGACGCGCGGAAGCCGUGCUGGCUGGCAGGGCUCGGCCGGCAGCGAUGACGGUGGGGGGGGGGGGUAGCGGUGGCGCCACGGGUGGAACUGCUCCGACAGGCCCCGACGUCGUUCACCGUCGGCUUGAAGCCGCCGUCUUGCGCGAGCGCCGCUCGUUCCCACGCCGUGGCGUUAAAACCACUUCGUGCUUAACCGUCGUGUAUGCCAGCAUGGGUCGUACCGACAUGUUUAUAGAGCUACAGGAUUGUACAGUUAGUAGUAGCUAGACUGGCCGAUUGCAGAAACAAUUCGAGUGGAAUGUCCCCUUGGUUUGGCAUUGAUGGUGGAAGUUUUGCAUGAAAAACACUUUGAAUGCAACCGGCCGCUCGUCUUUUGAAAGCUGUUUUGUUUUACCUCAAAGCGCCCGCAGUGCGGCACCGUCUCGCUGAACCCACGUCCCUGGGCUCGUCUCCGUGCCAGCCACGGGGCUGAGCGGCCGCCAUCAAUGAUCUACCUCCGUCGCUCUCCUCCCGCGCCGCCCCGGAGAGCCUCGGGUGCCGCCCGUUCAGAACCGGUCUCUGCCUUAAACUCUCCCCGCCGGCCUCGCCGCUCGCUCGCUCGCCGCUACCCACCCCUCCUCACCCUUGGUCGGCCGCGCAUGUUCGUUGCCGCGUUCCCGGGACACGUUUUACGACUUCCCGUUCGCGGUGGUGUACGGUAACACCGGCCUUGUUCCGCCAUCUCCUUGAAUGUCGACCGCUCGACUCUCUCAACCGUGGAAUCGCCAGCCGUGCAUUAUUUGGCUGUGCCCACGUUGUUGCCGUUUGCGGGCAACUCUCUCUCUCGGUUGGAUCGUAGCGCCGCCGUGAUGGGCGCGCCCCAGCACCCGGCGGGCGGCGUUUACAGUCGAAACGGUUGUUGCGUCUCAGCCCAAUUUCACUUUCGUAGCCGCCCCCGCGGCACAUAUCACUGGCGGAGCGUCCCGCGUCACGCCGCGUGCAGUAUUUAUGGUGGGCAUUCGCGGGGAGGAGCAGGGGGGCCUGAGUGUACCUCCCCCCGCCCCCCCGCUUGUCACGCUCAGGGCAGUCAAACCAGGGUCGGGCGCUAUCGCCCUCGCCCCCGUGUGCCAGCCUCGUCGCCACCCCCCACCCCCCCCAAGCGGCGCCUUUGGCACCGCCACCGAUCCACCUACCUCAUCCGUUCUGCGUCAUCGUCGCCUCAUUCCACCCUCUACCUCACGGUGAACACACGUGGCAAUGCGAGCAGUGAUUGCACAGCGAGGCGAAAUCACGUCCUGUUGUCGUCACCCACUGUGUUGCACCAUAAUCAAUUCGUGUUUUUGUACGCCACAUUCCGCAGGCCCUGGUGUGUACUGCUUGUUCUGUGGGGCCCCGUAGUUCUACCGUGUUCUACAGGAACCCUGUGGCUAUUGCAGGGCCCUCUGUAAUGUGAGCCCCUGUCUGUACUGUGUGUGUGUACUGUGGGCCCCUGCGUGUACUGUGUGUGUACUGUGGGCCCUGUGUGUGUACUGUGGAGUCCUGCAGUCCUGUCCCACGUACUCUCACUGGCCAGCGGCGUUAAUUCUGUCGGUCUCAAUGUCCCCGCUGGAAACUGGAGUGCCGUGACCGGUUUCCUGCGUCGGAGGAAAAGAUGACACUCGCUCUCGUUGAUCUGGUGACCAACGUCACGUCACACAUGUCUCUCCCUCGCGGCCGCUCGUGGCGAAGGCGUGCCGGCGGAUGCCUCAGUUGCGCCCCUGAGUCACGUCACAUCCCCGGUGGGGCGCUCCGACCUUCGGUGACGGUCGUGGGCCCGGCGGCCAUGACCCGAGGUCGCUACCCAGCCGGACCGCGGCGUCCCCGUGACCUCAAACCAAAAGUGCGGCCGGACUCUGUGGCCGUGAGCGCGGACCGUGACAGAGGUUCGACGGCACGCGCGGUGCCGGUGUUUGGAAACCAGCGAAUGGAGCAGCUGCAGCGUCCGUGGCCAGGAGCCGAGUAGAUUUGUCAGCGCUGGCAGCCACUGACCAUGAAGGUCCUGCUCAGAGCUUUACCAAGCGCUCACCAAAAACCUUAGCGAGCGGAGCAUGGCUGGUUUGGCGUUUGGUGCGUCAAGCCUGGUUGGAUCGUGCUGCGCAUGGACAGGGGCUUUGGCUUUGUGCCGCUGCCACCGCCGUGUGGCAAUGGAGACUGGCUGACGUUUGCUCCGAUGGUCGCAGCUUUUGCCGUGUGAGGAGUAAAUUCUUUUCGAUGGCUUAAUUUGUUAUUUGUUAAGUUCGUUUUUAAGCACAAGAAUAAUACAAUAAUGUAACUAUAUAUAUCAACACAGACCUCUUUGGAAAUGUGCUGGUCCAAGACCCACAUGUUUUCUGAUCAACAGAAGUCACAGCGUGCGUUGCUGUUAAAGGCAUUUCUCAAGUCUGUUAAAACAGAAAAGAACCCAAAACGUCUCAGGUAAAGAAACCCGCAAGACUGGGGUCUGCGUGAUUUGCAGAACACGUAAAACGUUUCUCCAAAAAAAUAAUUCUUUGGUUUCUUCCGACAAGUGUUCUGCUCUAAAACCAUUUGGGAUGAUGAAUGUAUUGUGGGUGUACAGCCAGUGAAUUUAUAGGUAGGUGAAGAUAAUUAUCAUAGCCUUGACUGUAAAGGUAGAUUAAUGUGCAGUGAUUUUCAGUCCCCUCGGUUCUAUGUAUCAAGUAGACGUGUAGCAGGUAGGCGUUUAUUUAAUGGGAAUAAUCCGUCCGUAUUACACAAGUCCGUGGUCUCCUUCGUGUCCAGCGCAUGUCUUCGUACGUGGUGUCCUCUUGCGAGACGCGCAGCUCCCCGCGAGAGAGGGGCCGUGACGCAGGCCCUGUGAGACGAACCUCGCGAGCAUUGUAAAUGCUGUCGUGAUCGUUUUCCGUCAGUAAACUCGCGGCUCCGAGUCUCCCACGCCGCCAGAUCGUUACACGGUACCUGGGGCCCGGCGGUUCGCGUUGGCGGCAGUGGAGCCGGCGCCGUGGAGUUGGCCGCGGCACCGGUGCUUGCGGCGCGAUCGCCAGCGCGGCUUGGUGGAGCGGAACCCCGUGGUGAUUGUAGCGACCGCAGUGAGCCGGGGGGCUGGGAACUCGGUUAUUUCACUCGUAAGACUUGUAACGCGUGUUGGAAUAGAAAUAACAAAGAACUAAAGCGAUGAGAUUUACAAUGAAACUAAUCAUAAAAUAUGGCUUUAAAAUGCGACAGUGUCUGAAAAAUUUAGCUCUAAACUUUUAAAUAAAAAGGGUACGUUAACGUGAAUCCACGGUAAACGUAUUAUGAGCAGCCUUACAAAUAUAAACGCAGUACAGGGGGGAGCAGUGGUCAUGGGGAGAUCCACGUGGAACCACGGGCGGUGAGCCUCGCGACAAGCCGCUGGUGCAGCUCCUGCA